AUGGCUGAAAAAGAUAAAGAGACGGCGUCUUCACCGGCCUCGACACAAGAUUCGACAUUGAUCACUGAUACUGGUCCCUCUGCCGGUUAUCAAGCCACCAAACCCGAGUCUAAGCCCCAACGCUCCUCUUUCAAGCACCUCUUCUCCUUCACGAAAUGGAAUCACACGGCGCCACUGCUUGCGGCACUGGUUGCGUCUGCCGCAAUUGCCUCGAUCAAGUCCCUCCUGUCUGUGGUCUUGGGCAAAACCUUCGACGCUGUCUCCGACUUUGGGGUUGGCCAUGGUUCUGGCAGUGAGACUCUCGACAAUGUAGCUCACUGGGCCCUGAUUCUGCUGGGCAUGGGCAUUGCCGAUUGGGUUGCAAGCACGGCGCUCCUCUUGCUAUGGAUCAUCUUUGGAGAACUGCAAGCCAACUCGGCUCGAAAAGUCAUCUUUGAAAGUCUGCUGUCUAAGAAGAUGUCAUGGUUCGACUCGCUGGACCAGGGCAUCUCCAGUCUGCUGGUCAGGAUACAGACGCAAGAUAGUCAAACUCGGGAACUCCAACUGGCAGCAUCUCAAGUUCUCGGACUACUGGUCACGGACUUGAUUGUCUCGGUUGCUUCACUUGCUAUCGCCUUUUCUUCUUCCUGGAAGCUCACCCUAGUCCUCAUCGCAACCUUGCCCGUCUCGCUUGUGAUCAUGUCAAUAGCAACUCGUCGGCUGGACCCGGCGAUUCAAUCUCAGAAGCUCCAUCAAGAGACUGCCUCAAAAUUGGCCACCUCGUCUAUCAAAGCAAUCGAAAUCGUCAAAAUUUUCAACGGAGGCGAUCACGAGCUCCGGCAGUAUUACGAGGCAAUCAAAUUGGCUAGCAAACAAUAUCUCAUUCAAGCCAAGUGCAAUUGCUUCCAGAUGGGCUAUGUCGCCUUCUGGGUCAUUGGCAUGUUCGUUGCGGCAUUUUGGUACGGCACCGUCCUCGUCGAACAAGGACUGAGCCCCGGCCAUGUCAUCACGACCUUUUUCGCAACUCUCACGGCAUUCCAGGGGAUCGAGGCCUUACUCCCACAAUGGCUGGUUUUGGCAAAGGGCAUGUCAGCAGGGUUGUUCCUAUCAUCGCUAUCGAACCAAAGUGAUGACAAGACUGGCAACACUCAAAGCGGCCGCACCCGGCCGGCGGCUUGUGUCGGCAACGUGGACCUGGUAGAUGUCACAUUCGCAUAUCCGUCCAAUCCCACAAAGGCGGUUCUCAAUCGAUCAUCCAUGUCCUUUCUGCCAGGCCAGCUCACGUUUAUUGUGGGAAGAAGCGGAUCUGGGAAGAGCACAAUCGGCAAUCUCAUCGCUCAAUUCUACGAUCCGUCCUCGGGGAUUGUCUGCUUAGAUGGGCAUCCACUGACAACUCUGGACGAGGAUUGGGUUCGAUCCAACGUUACUCUCAUUCAGCAAUCGAGCGUAAUGUUUGACGAUAGCGUCUUCAACAAUGUGGCCGUUGGCUUUGGCGACCCAGAAAGUGUAUCGAAGGAAGCCGUUUCGUCAGCUUGCGAAUUUGCAUUGCUGCAAUCCACAAUCAGCAGCCUGCCUCAGGGUCUCGAAACACGCAUCGGCCCAAGUGGAAUACAGCUGAGUGGAGGCCAAGCACAGAGACUUGCACUUGCUCGAGCAAGGAUUCGAGAUCCAACUGUCCUCAUUCUCGAUGAAGUGACAAGCAGUCUGGAUCAGGUCAAUCGGGGCCUGGUGAUGGAUGCUAUUAGGGAGUGGCGCCGAGGGAAAACCACCAUCAUCAUCACGCAUGAUGUUGAUCAAAUCGAGGAUGAAGACUUUGUCUACGUCAUGGACAAUGCUUCUCUGGUGCAACAAGGGCUACGGAAAGAAUUGGACUCGCUUUCCACAGGGCCAUUCAUAAUGCUGUCCCGCCUAGCUCCCAUUGAAGUAAGGCCUCCUUCACCGACUCAGAGGGAACGUACUGCAUCUGGUUUGCUCGGCUCGACUAAACGGACCACCUCGACUAUUAGCGAAACCUCACAUGACAAGGCACUAUCCAUGUCAAACCCGGCCCGGAACCGGUUCUCUCAGUAUAAGGCGCUGGGAGCUGGCACUGCCAUUGCUUUGGAAAUGAGGAAGAAGCAGAUAUGGGAAGGCUUUGAUGUCGGAGAAGAACCUAGAGAAAUUGCACGAUCUGGAUCGUUUUGCGAAGCCGAGAAGAGACAGUCUUCCAACACUGUUGACGAAGUCUAUGGAUCACCUCGCAGAUGCAGUUGCCCGGAGCCUGAUGACCUGCUCUAUGUUUUUGGGAAAGCAGAACGCCGGGAGGGCAUCCCUGGCCUGCGCCUCGCUGCCACCCAUGUAGCACCCCCAGUCAUGGACGAGGGUAUCAUCACAAAGAACAGGAGGCCCAAGCCGAGCACUCUGCUGAAAACACUAGGUACUGUGUGGCCAAUACUUAGGGCGUCCGAUCGAGCAAUCUUCGUUGUCGGAAUUGUGGUGUGCAUCAUCGCUGCUGCGGCAACGCCGAUAUUCUCAUUCUGUCUCUCACGGCUGUUUGGGGUGCUGUGGCUGCCAGACAACAGGGCGGCCGAAGCGAAAAAGUGGGCGUUAUACCUGAUGGCUACAGGCAUUAUUGACGGCACUGCCACUGGUUUUGGUCACUAUAUGCUCGAGAGAACCGGCCAGUCUUGGGUGAAUGCGCUUCGCCUGGAGGCUUUGAAGAGGAUCUUGCAGCAGUCAAAGUCGUGGUUUGAUAAGGAGUCGAACUCAGCCAGCCGAAUCAACGAAUGCCUCGACAGGGACUCAGAAGAGACGCGAAACAUUGUCGGGCGAUUCAUCCCCCUCUUCAUCAGUGCUGUUGGCAUGAUUACCGUCUCCGUGAUAUGGGCGCUCACAGUAUCCUGGAAGCUGACUCUCGUCGCCCUCGCACCCUUACCCCUGAUUGUGGGAGCCGUCAAGGGGUAUACCACUCUCAGCGAGAAGUGGGAGGCCAGGUGCAACCAAGGAGCGACUGAUGCUGGUGCUCUUCUCAACGAGACUUUUGUCAACAUCCGCGUCGUGCGGGCCCUGAAGCUCGAGAAAUAUUUCAGUGCAAAGUACCAAAAGUCGAUGGCGCAUGUCUUUGGCCUGGGAAAGCGGAGGGCAGGCUAUACCUGCGCAUUGUUUGGGCUGUACGAGUCCAUGAGUUUCCCCCUGACAGCGCUGGUCUUCUACUAUGCCACCGUGUUACUGACUCGCAACGACGGCGUGACCCUCACUCAGAUGCUGCAGGUCAUCAACCUGCUGCUGUUCAGUAUCGGAAUGUCGGCCGGUGCCUUGGAUGGCAUGCCCCAGCUGACAAUGGCCCAAGCAACCGCGACCCGGCUGCUAGGCUACGUGACGAUGCCCAUUGAGCCCGAAGAACAAGGAGACAGAGGAACUAAGCUUUCGAACCCCUUGCCCAUUUCGCUCAGAGACGUGGAAUUCACAUACCCGCAGUCUCCCAACUCGCAGGUCCUCCGCGGAGUCUCUUUUGACAUCACGCCCGGAAGCUGCACCGCCAUCGUCGGCUCUUCCGGCUCUGGCAAAUCCACAAUCAUCUCCCUCCUCACGGGCCUCUACCGUCCGUCAAACCACACGGCAUCAUCGCUCACAUACGCCGGCAUCCCCUCUUCGGCCCUCAACACGCACCAUCUCCGCUCCACAAUGGCCUACGUCUCUCAAACGCCGCGUCUCUUCCCGACCUCCAUCCUCGACAACAUUGCCUACGGCCUCCCCCCCGCCUCCUCCCUCCGCAAAGAAGCCAACAUCCACGCCGCCGCCAAAGCGGCCAACAUUCACGACUUCAUCGUCUCUCUGCCCCAAGGAUACGCCACCCCCGUCGGCGAAGGCGGCAUCGCCCUGUCAGGGGGCCAGGCACAGCGCCUGAGCAUCGCCCGCGCGCUCGUCCGCCAGCCACGGCUUCUGGUAUUGGAUGAGCCGACGAGUGCGCUCGACGCGGAGUGCUCGGGCAUGAUUAGGCAGACCAUCUCGGAGCUGGUAGGUAGGGCGCGGACGAAGGGGCAGGAGGAGAUGAUGGCGAUUGUCAUGGUGACGCAUACGCCUGAGAUGAUGCGCAUAUGCGACAACAUUGUUGUGAUUGACGGGGGCGUCAAAGUCGAAGAGGGGACGUAUGAGGAGCUCAUGGCGGCGAGGGGAGCGUUUCGACAUCUUGUUAGUAGGGGGGGAUGGCACGGCGGGGAGAAGUCGUGA